AUGUCACAGCCGGUCAUCUCCCACAACCUGUUCUCGGCGCUUUCCAAGUCGAAGAAGAGCAAGACAAACCCCAAGCAGAAGGUGAAGAAGGUUAAGGAGGUAGAGGCGAAACAUGCGGAGCUCGAGAAGGCCAUCUUCUCCGCCCCGGCUGUGCCGAUGACGAACUGGGCGGACGACUCGGACGAGGAUCUGGAACUCCCCGUCACAAGCGGUCUUGGAAGCGAUGGCUGGAAUGAGGCGCCGCGCGGCGCCCAAGCUGCUCGGUAUUCACCCUUCCCGGAGGAGCCUGCGGAGGCCGAAUCGGAGAGCGAGUACGAAGAGUUCGAGCAGGUCGACCAUGGCGACAUUGAGGCAGAGCUGGGUUUGGAGGUUGCACACAGCGACAGCGAGGAGGAGGAAGAGGAGGAGGGCCAGCCUAUGCCGGCCGAGGGGGGGGAAGAGCAGGCGACAGCCAGCCCUGCAGUGUCUGCUGCGCCAGUCGCCCCUCGCCCACCGCAGCAGAUCCUCUCCAAGAAGGAGCUCAAGAAGCAGGAGCUGGCGGAGCUGGAUGCUGUGCUGGCGGAGCUGGGGGUCGAAGAUAUAAGGGCCCCGGAGCCCGCGCCUGCUGCUGGCGACACCACCUCCGCCAAGGCACUCAAGCGUCGCCAAAAGAAGGCACAGAAGGGCCCCGGGACCAACGGCGAGGCUGCUGCGGCGAGCCGGCCAGCGUCACCUGAGGCUUCAGAGGAAGCAGAGGAGGCAGGGACUGCUGAUGACGGGGCCGAGGCCAUCGACCCCGAGGAGGCGCGCAAGCGCGCCGCCGCUGCUGUGGCUGCGAAGAAGCGGAGCUCUGCAACGGCUGCUGCCGCAAAGAAGGCCAUCGCAGCUGCGGCCGCAUCGGUGGCGAGUGCAAAGGCCAAGGACAAGAAGAAGAAGGACACUUCGCGCUACAACCAAGCCCCCAAGCGGUGA